AUGGCCAACCUUAACGUCCGCCGGGAUGUCACCGAUCCCUUCUACCGUUACAAGAUGGAGCGCCUGCAGUCCAAGAUCGAGGGCAAGGGCAACGGUAUCAAGACCGUCAUUGUCAACCUCGCCAACGUUGCCCAGCAGCUUGCGCGUCCUCCUUCCUAUGUCAUCAAGUACUUCGGAUUCGAGUUGGGUGCCCAGACCAACAUCAACCCUACCGAUGACCGUUGGAUCAUCAACGGUGCCCACGAGGCUUCCAAGCUUCAGGACUAUCUCGACGGCUUCAUCUCGAGGUUCGUUCUUUGCAAGAAGUGCAAGAACCCCGAGACGGAAGUCAAGAUUAAGGAGGGUAACAUCAUCCUUGACUGCAAGGCCUGCGGACAGCGCUCCGACGUCGACCCUCGCCUCAAGCUCAGCUCCUUCAUCCUGAAGAACCAGCCCAAGAAGGGCAAGAAGGACAAGGCCUCCAAGAAGGCUGAGCGCAAGGCCAAGAGGGAAGCGGAGCGCGCUGGUGGAGAGAACGGUGCCGAGGAUGACUCUAACAACGGUAGCAACGGUGACAGUGGCGCCGACGAUGCGGAGGAGAACGGCGACGUCGAGCUCGAUGCCGGCAGCGAUGACGAGCUUACUCGCCGUAUUAAUGCCGAGGCCAAGGAGCUUGCCGCCGUCGAAGCCAAGGAGGUCCAGUGGUCUGUCGACACCUCCGAGGAGGCUGUCAAGGCCCGUGCGCAGGACCUCCCUGACGAUCUCAAGCGCGCCCUUGUCGUUGGUGACGAGGACGGUGAGGACGGUGCCAGCGUCUACGAUCAGCUUGGCCAGUGGAUCCAGCAGAAGGCCCAGGAGAAGGGUGGCAUUGCCAAGGUCGAAGAUGUCGAGAUCUACCUCAAGGCUAAGGAGCUCGGCAUCGAGACCAAGCACCGCACCCUUGCCGUCCUGGCCCAGACCAUCUUCGACGACAGCAUUGUCAAGCAGAUUGAUGGUCGCGCCAGCAUGCUGAAGAAGAUGAUCACUUCUGACAAGCACGAGAAGGCAUUCUUGGGUGGUAUCGAGCGCUUUGUCGGUAUUGAGAAGCCCAACCUCAUUCCUCAGGUCUCUGCCAUUCUCAUGAAGUUCUACGACAACGACCUGAUCAACGAGGAGACGCUCAAGACUUGGGGCAGCAAGGCCAGCAAGAAGUACGUCGACAUUUCCACCAGCAAGAAGGUUCGCAAGUCGGCGGAGCAGUUCAUUCAGUGGCUUGAGAACGCCGAGAGCGAGGAAGAGGAGUCGUCUGACGAGGAGUAA